AUGACCUCCGGCGGACUGGCGGCCGAGGCCGCCUCCCCCAUGCGCGAUGCCACCCCCGCACCGGAUUACUGCUUCUAUGCGCCGGGUGCCCAUCCGAUCCAGCGCUCAUCGCUGGCCCUGCGAUCGGAAAUCCAUCACAAUUACUCGCGUGAAAUCAUCGAUUCCGACGAGCCGCCAGCCGGCGAUGUGGCCCUGCACCAGCUUGAUCGGACCCUCUGCCGCGAGGCCCAAGAGGCAAUCGAGAACCUGGAGAUCAUGAAUAGCGCCUGCCAAACCGAGUGGCCUCCCUACUCGCACCAGGACACCAGCCGGUCGCGGGUGGCGGUGCCUGCUCGAGGAGGGACCGGCGUGACCAUGGUCGCGCCGCUGCCCUUCGGUGUGGAUGUCAGCAUGCAGCCCAUCGGCGGGGCUCGGGCUCGCUGCCGGGCGGUCACCCUCUUCCCCCAUGCCCCACCCGGGCACUUCCUCAGCCUGGUGAUGCCCCUCUCCUCCCGUGCCAUUUGGGAUGAUCACUACGCCGGGGGGCGGAUCCUCCGCUACGUCGACGGCAACACCCAGAUGGCCCAAACGCGCACCCGGAAGAAGUUCGGCGUGGCGCCGCGCGACUUUGUCCUCGUGUCGCGCUGCCUGAUCCAGCCCCGGAGCGGGGCCCUCAUUCAGGCAGCCGCCUCGACCGACGCCGGCGACGCCCUGCUGGACCGGGGGCACUUUGACGAGGUGCCCUUCUUCCUCACGGCCGAGGAGACCCCGGUGCCGGUGACGGCGCCCGGGUCGGUGGAGCGCUGCCCCGGCACGGCCGGCUGCCCGGAUCCCGGGCCCGGCGACCACAUCCGGGGCUGGUCGCAUUGCAUUGGCUGGGUGCUGGAGCCGGUGGCCUUCGACACCCGGACCGGGAUGUCCUUCUGCCCGCGGGCCGGGGACUUCUUCCGCGGGGACACGCAUUUCAACAGCUGCCCGGACCUGCCGGCCGUGCUGCCGGGGCCGGAUGCCCCGGCCACCGGCCGCGGCCGGCUGCAGCGCGUCAUCGGCUGCGGCUGCCCGGAUGCCGGGUGCCAAAUUGACCCGGCCGUCGAGACGCCCUUCGUCAGCAUCGGCACCCGGGUCACCUACAUCGGCGACGUGGACCUCAAGGGGUGGAUCCCGCGCGUGGUCAUGGGCUUCGUGUCCAGCCAGAUGGCGGCCGGGGUCCUGCGGGUGGCCGAGGCGGUGGCCCAGUCCGGGGGCCUGCCCUUCCCGGUGCGCGUCCGGUCCCGGGCCCUGUGCGACAUGCAGUUCUUCCACCGGCUUUCGCGUGUGCAGCCGCUGGCGGGGCCGGGCCUGUCCGGCGGGCCGGCCCCGCCGCCAGGGGCCGAGGCCACCGCCUGCCUGAGCCCCUUCCCGGAGGUCGAUGCCCGGCCCGGGCCGGGACACAUGCUGACCAGGACCUCGGUGCCGGGGCCGCUGGUCCGUCGCGGCUCCGGAGGGGCGGCCCCCUCGCGCCGAGUGCGCGACCUGUUCGAGCUGGCUUGGCGCGCCCCGGCCCCGGGCGCGGCGCACGUUCGCGCCGGGCUGCCCUUCACCGACCUGUUUGUGGACAGCGUGCGCUAUGGGACCGGCUUCGCGGCCGAGGUGUCGGUCGUGGUGCCCUGCUACGCGGGGUACUCCCCGGCCGGGGGGCUUUCCCGGCGGGACUUCGCCGCGCAGCACCGCUGCCCGGUCCCGGGGCACCUGCGCAGUCGCGGGCAGGUCCACUGUGCGGUGGCCGCCGAGGGCGCCGCCCUGCCGGAGCCCGUGGCCGUCGAGGCGGUGGAGGUGUACCGCGUGAGUGUGGCCAAUCUGGCCGGCCACAUCAUCCGCAUUUACCACAGCCCGGCCGGCCGGCUGAGCACCGGUCGCCAGGUGGCCGACACCGCCCGGCAGCUGGCCUGGGAGGGGCUGCUGCGCCAGCGCGAAGCCACCGACUCGCCGGUGGUCGUGCGCAGCCCGGCCGCCCGCCGGCCGGGCCCCGGCGGUCCGCCCCCCGAGCCGGUCGACUGCCCGGAGCUCGAAGCCCAGCGGCCUCUUUAUCGGAUUCGCAUUUGGGCCGAGGAGGAUGCCUCCUCCGACUCCAUGGGUGCCCCCGGUCCGGAGUUCUCGGUCAACGGCUUUGCCAUUCGCCCAGCCGCGCACCGACUCUCCAUGGAGGAUAUGGCCCGAAGUGAGGCGGCCGAGGGGGUGCGCUCCGGCGCCACAGCGAUGUGUGGCCCCGGGCCGCAGCACCCCGCCCUGUCCGGGCUCAUGGCCUCCGGGUCCUCGCCGCUGGACCUGACCUCCACCGAUGACUCGUCCUAUUUCACGGACGCCCGGUCAUCCCCGCUGACCCCGGCCAGCAGCGCCUCCACCGGCUUGGCCGAUGACCUGGAGCUCGGACCGGCCGGUGGCCGGCCCUCAAGUGCCCUGGGCGGCCACGCCGGCCCCCGCCUCCGGCGACCCUUCGCCAACAAGUGCCUGCCCGGGGGCCCGAAGCACCCGACCCCCCUGACCGACCAGGGCAGCCGGAUGUUGGAGCUGGCGCCGCUGCCGGUGGACGGGGCCGCUGGCCCGGCCCCCGGGGCCGACGGUCAGCAACCGCCGACCAUCGAUUGCGGCCUGGACGCCCUGCAUGGAUGCGUCCUGCCCCCGGAGGCCGAGGCCCUGCGCGAUGCGGCCUGGGAGCGAGCCUUGCACCUGCAUGCCGAGGACAAAAGCAAGUGGACCAGUCUCGGGUCGAUGGGGCGCGUGCGCAUGCAGGUUUACAUGCGGGCCGAUCCCCAGGCCCCGCUCGGGGUGAUCGCCUGCCGGACCGUGAUUGACGGCAUGACCCCGCGCCAGCUGCUGGCCUGCGUGUACGACAACCAGCCCCGGCGGAAGUGGGAUGUCCCGCUGUAUGAUUGGGCGGUCAUUCGGCGGGUCCUGGCCCCGGACACCUAUAUCAGCCAGUCCCGGGUGAAUGGCCGCCUCGGGGUGUCGGCCCGGGACAUGGUGGUUCUCUGUCACUUCAAGGAGGUCCACACGCCCGGGCACCAGUGGGACCCGGCCUCCGGCCACGGGGGCACCCUGCUGCACAACAGCGUGUCCUUCGGCGGCAUGGGGUGCCCCCAGCUGAAUGAGGAGCAGGACGUGCCGGCCUGGGCCCGGGCCCUGGACAGCCGGUCGCCGGUCGGCUGUGUGCGCAUGCAAACGCACGUCCUCUUCUGGGCUGCCGAGCCGGCGCCCGAUUCCACGAUGGAACACCCGCGGACCAUGCUCACCCACAUCAGCAUGACCGACCCGUGUGGCUGGCUGCCCAAGUACCUGCUGAUGGUGGCCAGGUCGGAAAUUCCGCUGGUGGUGGAUCGGAUGGCGGACCACCUGCACAAGCACGGCCCAUCGCCCUACGUGCGCCAAGUGGGCGGAGCCAUUGCCCGAGGCGAACCGGCGCACUUCCAGCAGGAGGGCUACUUCGAAUUGAACCUGCUGGCCCGGCUGCGGCCGACACGGCACCUGCCCGGGGACAUGCCCCCCCGGGGGCCCAGCCGCACGGUCAUCUGCAUCCCCCGGGAGGCUUUCCCCUUCGGGGCCGACCUGCACAUCGAAUCCACCCACCCCACCGUGUGCCUGGUCCGGGCAUGGUACUGUGUCGAUGAGCGCCUCGGGCCCAAGGCCAGCGAGGUGCGCAUCUUCGUGGACCUUUCCCUCCUGGCUGGCAGUACCGCGGAGACGGCCGUCGAUGCCAUGGUCAAGAUCCUGGUCCGCCACCGGCGCCCCGAAGGGUGGCGGCCUGCCGGGCGCCAUCGGCCGGCCUCCGCCGAGGCCCCGGCCUCGGCCUGGAAGGACAUCACGGUUCAGGGCUCCCGGCGCAUCAGUCGCAUCCAUGACGAUGGCCUGGACGAGGAGGAUGACAGUGAGGCCGGGGGCCAUGGCGAGCCGUGCGGCCGCGCGGCCGGCCAGGCCACGGCCGAGCGCCACCCAUCUCGUCCGGGCACCUCGGGCCUCUCCGGCAGCGGGGACUUCCCCGAAGAGGAGGAGCCUGGCACCUGCCGGACGGUGGACAUCCCGCCGGCUGGCCGGGCCUUGAGCGCACGCGCGUCCGUGGCCCUGGCCGCCGGCCAGGCCCACGCCUCGGGCCCCCCAUCCGGCACCUGGGGCACUUCCUCCCCCGGGCCUCUCGCCCACCCCCAUCAGCAGUCCGGCUUCUGGGGCCCGACCGGCGGGACGGGCUCCGGCGGGGCGGCCGCCGCCGCCGGCGGCAGCCGGGCGGCCACUCGCCCGGCGACUGGCCGGGAUGUGGGCAGCGGCGUGACCGCCAGCCUGGGUGCCAUGCUGAACACGGCCGUGGCCCUGCUCCAGCGGCGGCCCCUCGGGGUGGGCGUCUCCCUGGGCACGAGCUUCCUGCUGGCGCUGCUGGUGGUGCGCCUGUUCCGUGCCCGUGCCCGGGCCGGGGCCGCCCUGCGGGGAUUGCUCAUCAUCUUGACCGGCCGCCUGCAUCAGCGCCUCCUGGCCGGAGCGGCCGCGGCGGCCAGGGACCACUGA